CGAACUCAAGCUGGAUCCAGUCACUCAGACGAUCGAUAUCAACCUUCAUGCACCGUGUGGACUGGUACGUGUCACUGUGCCUGCCACCCCGGAUGGGAAGAAAUCCGAUCCCUCGCGGCCGGUCAAGUUUCUUUCGACCCCCGGCUUUGCAGCAGCCAUCCAGAUGGAGGUGCCCAUCCCUCCGGAGGUCCGCUGGCCAGAGCUGAAUGGACGAGAGUCCAUCGUUCUUGAUAUCAGCUAUGGCGGAGCAUACUAUGCGCUUGUUACUGCCCAAGAACUGGGCUUUGCAAACGGUCUGAAGGACGUCGACCUCGACGAUGUCACGCGCUGCAUUCGCAAGCUGAAGCCAUAUCUGACUACGCAUCCGGACGUCGUUGCUGCCAUCCAACACCCAGAAGACAAGCGCCUCUCGUUUCUGUACUCUGUCAUGAUUGUCGAGCAAAACCUGGGGACGAAGCCAGCGGACGUGGCGGGUGCCGAGACAGGAUUGUGCUUCUUUGCAGACAAUGAGAUUGAUCGAUCACCCACAGGGUCGUGUGUGACUGCCCGGAUGGCGCUGGCCCAUGCCAAGGGAGUAAGACCAGUUGGUCAGCGGUGGGCCUAUCAUUCUCUGGUGUCGAACUUCUUCGGCACAGGCGCGUUCUGUGCGGAGAUUGUCGAGAAGGUCAAGAUUCCUGGCGCAAAAGGCGUCUCGGAAGAUGGCGUGGUGGUCCAGGUGGAGGGUCAAGCGUAUUAUACGGGGACGUCGGUGUUUGUCGUCGAGGAGGGAGAUGUUAUAUCAUCUGGAUUCACCAUGGAGAGCGUUACGUCGAGACCUGCAGCUAAGGAUUAA